UUCCGGAUGGCUUACAUGACACUUUCCUACUUGCUCCAGCGUGUGUAAAAACACAACUUUGGUGAAAAAUUGACUCGAUACGAAUUGAUGUUUUAUUCUUCUUUCUCGUGUACUUGUUAGCUUUACAUCCAGGCGACUCGUCGUUGAGUUUUAACUACAUAACAAUAAAAUAGCGUGUGUAGCAUGGCGGCGGUGGACAGCUUUCACCUUUUGUACAGAGAAAUUUCUCGGUCUUGCAGCUCUCACUUUGAGGCUCUGGCCCUGAUCGGAGCUCUGUACGCGGCCAGCAGAGCGGUUGUCCUGUUGAGGGAUUCCUGCGCGGUGGCCCGGGUCCAUUUCCUGCCGCGGAUGAUGCCCAGCGGGAGGCUGGCCCAGAGAUACGGGGACUGGGCUGUUAUUUAUGGUGCAGCUGAGCCUGUAGCCGGUGCUUAUGCAGAGGAGCUGGCUCGAAGCGGCAUCAGCAUCAUCUUCAUCACUCAGGACGGCUCCUCUGUAAGAAACGCCGCUUCCUUCCUCUCCCAAACCUACGGGGUGGAGACCGCCGUCGUCACCACCGACUUCUCUCUGGGCCAAGCGGCGGCCAAACCUGUCACAGAGGCCUUGAGGGGUAAAGACAUUGGCUUCCUGGUGAACUGUAUGGACGAAACGUCGGCUUUGCCCCGGAGCCUGAUUGAAAUUCCCGAGCAGGGCGUGUUGGAUCGGGUGAACAGGAACGUCGGCGCCGCCACUCUGAUGGCGCGACUGGUGCUGCCGGGGAUGGUGGAGCGCAGCAGGGGGGCGGUGGUCAACAUAUCCUCAGGCGCCUGCUGCAGACCCCGACAUGGAAGAGUGACGCUCUCGGCCUUCACUGGAUACCUGGAUCAUUUCUCAAGAGCUCUUCACUUUGAGUACAGCGACAAAGGGAUCUUCAUUCAAAGUCUGAUUCCUUUCCAGAUAUCGUCAUCAUCCUCAGCACAGGGAUGGUUUGUUCCGAGCCCGGAGGUUUACGCUCGUCAUGCCGUUUCCACGCUGGGCGUCUCCAGCAGAACCACGGGUUACUGGCCUCAUACACUCCAGUACGGACUCAUGAAGUGCAUUCCGGAGUGGAUCUGGAUCUUCGGGUCGCGGGUUUUAUUCAGCUAAGCUGAGAGCUGAAAAGCUUCUUACUGGAUCAUGUUACACAGAAUUUAGUUUCACUUUCUUCUGUUGUUAUUUAUUGAUACUGUCCUGAAAUAAACAAAUAAAACUUAUUAAUUAACUAGGGAUAAUAGAUGAUCAUUCCUCUAUUUAAAAUGAUAAGUUAAUGUGAAAUUCUGAUCAGAAGAAUUCAAGAUAAAAGACGGAGCCAACAGCACUACGGCAGCCCUGUGUGACCAAAACAUGCUGGUUCUGAGUUUAUGAGGAGAACAGGUGUUUACGUUUUGAUUUGCUUUCUGCGUUUUUAAACAGGUUAAAUAGAUUUUGAAGCGUUGCAGAGCGACGCUUUGUGUGCUUCCUGCUUCCAUAGACUCAGAUCAAACCAGGAUUUGGUUCAUGAGAAGAUGUAAAAAUCCAGGAUUAAACCAGCAGAGAUCAGAAAAACAGGCACCCAUUUUAAAUAAUGGAUGAAUGUAUGAGUGGAUGGACGAAUCUGGAUGGAUGGAUGUUUACAGUAUUUAUACAAUAGAACAUGGUUUAAACUCUGUACAUAUAAAUAUUUUAUAUUUUCUUUUAUCUAUCCAGAUAGAAAGAAAAUUUAUCUGGAAUUUUCAAUUACGAAUUAAAAAUUCGUAAUUGAAAUUUUCAAUUACGAAUUGAAAAUUCAAUUCGUAAUUUUUCCCGUCUGCUUCGUUAUUCUGUCAUAAUUAUCUGUUUCUCAUCCUGCAGAAACAGAUAGACAAUAAUAAAAUUUUGAAAUGAAGCUGCAAUAACAAUAGUAAUAAUAAUUUAUUAAACAUCACUGAGUUAAGCCACUUAAUGUUUCUCCUUUAUGCAAACAUUUUUUCAUAAUUAAAGCCGUUCCUCCUGCAGAAUGCUGUGUCAGUAACAUGAACUCCAUGUUCUGUUAUUGUGUCUCUAGCUUAUCAGUGAGCAGAGGCCAGAGCGAGUGCAGCUUUUUUCAGUUCUGCUGUGAGCUUCAACCCGAAGGAACAUAAAAUGAGUUUCUACAUUUAAUAUUUGUGGGUUUUGAUUUUCAGCUGGUGUGAUUAUGGCUCAGAAUUUGACCAAUAAAUCUUUUUCCAUUCAAACAUCAAA